AUGUCGCGACAGCUACUCUUGCAGUUCGAAGGCUGGUGUCAAGAAUCGUGGCCGGAAACAAAGCUUCAACGCAACUUUAGUGGUUCCAAUGGGUACUAUGAUCAUUCAGCACUAUUGCUUUUGAAAUCGAAACAGCAAGGCGCACGCGCAAGGAGGCUUGAGAACACUCUUUAUGCCUUCUUACGUGAUUUGAAUCUGUCUUAUAAGUGGUCCCAGCAUCAGACAGAAUCCAACAAAGAGGCUCAGCGGGAUAUCUUUCGAAGGUUUGCUACGGCUUUCAAAGGCAUACUAGAGGAAGCCCACGAGAAGAGCACAUCAAGGGAGCACGAUAUAUGCGGUAAACUGAGUUCUCUGAACUUGAACCGGUGA